AUGGAGCGCCGCGGCAGUUUCGGGUCCGGCGCUCGGGCUGAGGGGACUUCGAGGGGCAUUCUGCUUCCCGGGAAGACAACUGAGUCGGGCACUGCGCGGACAUUGCCACCCAACCACCGUCCUUCAGGUAUGGAUGGAUUUUUAAAAUCAGAUGAGAGACAGAGACUAGCCAAAGAGAGACGAGAAGAAAGAGAAAAAUAUCUGGCUGCUCGGGAAAAGCAGAUUCUGGAGAAACAAAGAAGAGCCAAAAUCCAGUACGAAAAGCAAAUUGAGGAACGAUGGCGAAAACUGGAAGAACAGCGGCAGCGGGAAGACCAGAAGAGGGCUGCUGUGGAAGAGAAAAGGAAGCAAAAACUCCGGGAGGAAGAGGAACGGUUAGAGGCCAUGAUGCGCAAGUCCCUGGAACGCACACAGCAGCUGGAGCUGAAAAAGAAGGGUUUCUGGGGAGCAUCACUGGCUGCAGGGCCUGGAGGACGUGAUGCAUCUGACAAACUUUCUACAUCAACCAUGAAUUUGCCAAAGCAGCCGGAGCCUCCCAUGAGUAAGCACCUGUCUUCAUCUACCGUGGCUAUGUCCUAUUCGCCAGACCGAGCUCAUCACGCACACCUUAGUCCCAUGGAAAGCUUUCUUGUUAUGCUACUGUUGAUACCCUCACAGGUUUCUCUAGACAGAAGCGGAAGUACAUUCAUAUUCUCUGAGCAGGCCAAUUACUCAGUAUUCCAUGCCUGUCUUUAUGUAGCUCCUGUUGGCUCCCUUAAAUCUUCUUUCAAGUCUUCUCCCACAAGAAACAUCGAGAAGAAGAAGACUACACUUACAUCUGGUGUGGGAGAUGCUGAGAAAGGAACACCAAUAGGAGCAGAGGCCUUACCGACAGAGAAAGUGAAGAAGGGGCAACGAAUAAUUACUAUUCCCACUGGGAGCCCUGGGAGCCUUGGGUCCCCACUGAAAAGAUGCGAGCUUCCUGGAGUCAUUCCUAAGAGGUCAUCUUCUCCUGUGAUAUCCAAAACAACUUCAAGAGGAUAUCCACAGUCUCCAAAGACUGUGAAGCCAUCAUACCAAGGAUCUCCUGUGAGGUACCGCUUUCCUCCUAUUCCCAGCCAAGAAACACUCAAGAAAAAAGCAGAAAAAGAGAAGAGCAAUAAAGAAAAGGAAAUUGCUUCAGGUCUUCAGGCUAAGCACAUGCUGGAGAAGCACGUGGCAGACAAGCACGCUACUGAGAAGCAUGUUACUGCAGGAGGGAAGAUUGAGAGCAGUACAGUCUCGGGGAAACCCACAGCUGGCACCACUGAUGCAGGAGAGGCUGCAAAGAUCCUAGCUGAAAAGAGACGACAGGCUCGGCUGCAGAAAGAACAGGAAGAACAAGAACGACUGGAGAAGGAAGAACAGGAGAGGCGGGAGAAAGAGGAAUUGAAAAGAAAGGCAGAGGAGGAAAGGCAGUGCUUAGAAGAAGCAUCCCGUAAGCAAGAAGAAGAAAAGAAGCUCCAAGAAGAGGAAGAAAAAAGAAAGGCAGAAGAGGAGGCCAAGCAGAAGGCUUCAGAGGAGCUUUUGUUGAAAGAGAAGCAAGAAAAAGCUAUGAUGGAAAAGCAGAAAGAAACAGCAGAAGCAAAGGCCCAGGAGGCAGCUAAACAAAUGCGUCUAGAAAGAGAACAAAUCAUGCUGCAGAUUGAGCAGGAGCGACUAGAGAGGAAGAAGAGAAUAGAUGAAAUCAUGAAGAGAACAAGGAAGAGUGAUGUAUCUCCAGAAGUGAAGAAAGAAGACCCUAAAGUGGAGAUUCAGCCUGUUGUGUGUGUAGAAAAUAAGAUAAAACCAGUUGCCCCCAGCAAAAUAGAACUCAAUGGAUUGAACACAUGCCAGGAAAUUAAUGGCAGAGGGCGCACUGCCCCGGAAGGUUUUCCCCGAGAUGUUUUCUCUAAUGGGCUUAAACCCAUUGGGGGACUUGUUCAUCUGGGUGCCCUUGAUGGAAAAUCAAAUAGUCUGGAUGAUUCAACUGAAGAAGUUCAAUCUAUGGAUGUGAGUCCUGUUUCCAAAGAAGAGUUGAUCUCCAUCCCAGAAUUUUCACCUGUGAGUGAAAUGAUUCCUGGAAUGUCUCUGGACCAAAAUGGAACUGGUCAUGCUCGAGCACUUCAAGAUCUCUUAGACUUCACUGGUCCCCCAGCAUUCCCCAAGAGAUCCAGUGAAAAUCUCAGCCUGGAUGACUGUAACAAAAACCUUAUCGAAGGCUUUAACAGUCCUGGCCAAGAAACUACUCUGAACACCUUCUGUUGA